UGAAAAGCGGUUGUGUAGAGGAGGAGUCAGCAUGUGCCUGGUAGCUCCUUCCUCUGACCUUGGCUUCAGAGAGAUGGAGAGAGAAAGAGGACAGAGUGUGUGUGUCUGUGAAGCGGUGGAGCUUAUUCCUGCACUGCAGCUGUGUAUAUGAUACCCGAGUUAAAUGUGGCACCAACAGCUCUAAAUCCACUUGGGAAUUGCCAGAGAAAAACAGCGCGAGAGAAGAGGAAGGAAAGCAUGUCUGCAGCAUGUGCACGCCGCAGAGAAGCAGCACGAUGUCCACUGUCUGGUGCCUUCUGGAGGUGAGCUGACUCCUGUGUGGGUCAUCGGGGUCAUUCAAGGAGCAGAUAUGUGGGACGGACAGUCUAAGACGGGUCAUGUGCACGCCCUAUUCGAUGUCUUUGUUCAAGCCGUCACAUGCAGGGAGACCCUCAGGGCCUUCCAGGAGCUGUGUGAAGAGCUGAAGCUGCAUCCCGGUGGUCAGCCGCAGUUCUACCACACUCUGAGGAGCAGACUGCACUACUGGAAGGCCAAAGCACUAUGGGCCAAACUGGAUAAAAGAGCCAGCCAGAGAGAAUACAUGAGAGGCCAUGCUUGCACCAGCACCACGUGUCUGAUCAUAGGUGCAGGUCCGUGUGGAUUGCGGACAGCUAUAGAGCUGCGGUUUCUGGGUGCCAGGGUGGUUCUGGUGGAAAAGCGAGAUACUUUCUCACGGAACAAUGUUCUUCACCUUUGGCCAUUCACCAUCCAAGACCUCCGUGGUUUGGGGGCCAAAAAGUUCUACGGGAAGUUCUGUGCUGGAGCCAUAGACCAUAUCAGUAUUCGUCAGUUGCAGCUGAUGCUUUUAAAGGUGGCCUUGUUACUGGGCGUUGAGGUUCAUGUGAAUGUGGAGUUCAAACAUCUAGUGGAACCUCCAGAGAACCAAGAGAAACGUGUCGGUUGGCGAGCAGAGGUCCACCCCAGCUCUCAUCCAGUCAGUCAGCUGGAGUUUGAUGUGGUUAUUGGGGCAGAUGGUAGAAGAAACACCUUACCAGGGUUUCGCAGGAAGGAGUUUCGGGGGAAACUGGCCAUUGCCGUCACGGCGAACUUCAUCAAUCGCAACACCACCGCCGAGGCUAAAGUGGAGGAGAUCAGCGGUGUUGCCUUCAUCUUCAACCAGAGGUUUUUCCAGGACCUUCGGCAGGCUACCGGAAUUGAUCUGGAGAAUAUAGUAUAUUACAAAGACGACACUCAUUACUUUGUAAUGACCGCCAAAAAACAAAGUCUUCUGGAGAAAGGAGUCAUUCUGCGCGAUUAUGCUGACACUGAGAUGCUGCUGUCCAGGGAUAAUGUGGACCAGAAUGCACUGCUAUCAUACGCCCGUGAAGCGGCUGAUUUCUCUACUAACCAUCAGCUCCCUACGCUGGACUUUGCCAUCAACCACUAUGGGGAGCCAGAUGUGGCCAUGUUUGACUUUACCUGCAUGUACGCCUCUGAGAACGCAGCGAUGGUGCGUCAGCGCAGGGGACACCCUCUGCUGGUCGCUCUGGUGGGGGAUAGUUUACUAGAGCCGUUCUGGCCAAUGGGAACAGGAAUUGCUCGGGGCUUCCUGGGAGCCAUGGACACGGCCUGGAUGGUUCGCAGCUGGGGUCAGGGCAACACCCCUUCACAGGUUCUGGCUGAGAGAGAGAGUGUGUAUCGGUUGCUUCCUCAGACAACUCCAGAAAACGUCAGUAAAAACCACAGCCAGUACAGCAUGGAUCCAGCUAGCCGCUAUCCCAACAUCAAUAUGCAACUCAUCGGCGCUGCUCAGGUGUGUCAUCUCAUAGACACAGGUGAGGGGCCAAUUCUGAGCCUUGACGCAGUCAGCUCUCCACACCCAAGACUUACACGCCAAGAGUCAGUCGCUCGUUACAGUAAGCUGCUGAGCUGGUGUCAGGAGCAAACACUCGGUUACAUGAACGUGUGUGUGAUGGACUUCACAACUUCCUGGAGGAGCGGCCUGGCCCUGUGCGCUCUGAUUCACAGAUUCAGACCUGACCUCAUUGAUUUUGCGUCUCUGGAGGAGAGUGAGGCGGAGCUCAAUGGUCAGCUGGGUUUGGACAUGGCGGAGCAGGAAUUUGGUAUUUGUCCUAUAAUGACCGGCAAGGAGAUGAGCACGCUGGAAGAGAGCGACUCUCUUAGCAUGGUCAUGUACCUCAGUCAACUCUAUGAGCUCCUCAAAGACACAGCACCAGCUGGUGGAAACCUGAGCUCAGAAGAGAAAGCUGUACUGUUCUCUAGCACCAGGUCACCCAUCUCACUGCUCAGCAAACUGGGACAGAGUCUGUCCCGCAAACGCAAUCCCAAGGAUAAGAAAGAGAAGGAAACAGAUAGUGUUGGAAAGAGAAGGAGAACAAGCCAGACUGGCCAGUCAGAGGAGGAGGACGUUCCUCAUGAUACCAAAGAAAACAAGACUUCAGAAUUAACUCCUGGUUCAGAACCAAAGGUCGGGGAGGGUCACAGCAAGGUUCGGUCCAUGGCGAUGCAACUGCUGGCUAAAUUUGAGGAGAACUCCCUGUCAGCCUCAGCCACUGCAACACGCCGACAGAGCUACAUUCAGAUGUAUACGGGCGGAGUGAGCUCAUUGGCUCAGCAGAUAGCCAAUCAGAUUCAGAGUCAGCAGGAUCAAGCUCCCAUGAGGAGGGAGUUGGGGUCUCAAAAGGAGUUUCCUGUGAAUAUGGGCGGCAGCGAUGUGUGUUAUUUCUGUGGCCGUCGUGUUUAUGUCAUGGAAAGGCUGAGCGCGGAGGGAAAGUUCUUCCACAGGAGCUGCUUCCAGUGUGACCACUGCAGCACCACUUUACGCUUGUCCAACUACGCUUACGACCAGCUACAUGGGAAGUUUUUCUGUAAGCACCACUUCAGCUUCAGAAUGGCUCAGAGAAAGAGACCGGCCCCACCUGUGACCCCUCGACCUACUCAGGCUCCCCCUGCUCCAUCUUCAGCUUCCACAUCUUUGUCCUCUCUAGGGUCAGUGGGCACAGCCACCCCACCAGACAGCUGUUCCUUCAUCGCCCACCCAGAUAUGGUAUCCAGCCAGGCCAAGAGAUUGUGUGGUACCCCUGAACGCAUUGAGCUGGAGAACUACAAACCCUGUCCAAAGCAACAGGACAGCCCACUGCAGGAGGUCCCAGAGGAGACGCUUGCACUGCACAACCUCAGCACCAGCGUGCAGGAGAAGAACACAGAGGAGCAGUCCAGUAGCUCUGAGUCAGAACUUGAGGAGGAGGAGCUUGCCUGGAAGAAGGAGGAGGAGUUGAACAUCAGGACCAAUGGAGAGAGAGAGUUAGACCUGGGGAAGGAGCUAAAGGAGGAAGAAGGAGGAGAGAACCUGGAAAAUCAAGAGGAAGAGGAUGCCGAAGAGGAGGAUGAGGAGGAAGAGGAAGAGGAAGAAGAAGGAGGAGGAGUUUCAGAAGAAAGUCAAGACGAGGGAGAUUCUAGUGAUGAGGGUGAGUACUGCCCUUGGCAGAGGGAACGGCUCUCAGGGGUGUGGCUUGAGGAAGAGGAGGCGGAGUUUGUUAAAGAGUCGUUUGAAGGACACAGUGAUGACACAGAUGUAGACACCAGCUCAGUCGGAGAGUCCAAACCAUGCAACCAACAGGAACAAGAAGAGUCCAUUUCAAUGCACCAGCCACCUGUAGAGUCCCCACCCUCUUUGAAACCACCAGAAUCAGGCCCCACUCCCACAUCUGAGCUAUCGACGAACCCUGAGAACCCACCUGUCAAGAGUUUAGAGGUAGUAGAGGAGUUCUGGCUGAAGAGUGCCGAGAUCAGGAAGAGUUUAGGCCUGACUCCGCUGCCUAGAGAAUGCGACCCCAAACAUACGGCAGCCCAAACAUCUAACGUUAAAGAAAGUUUUUACACCUCAGUCGCCUACAUACCGUCGUGCAAUAUAAAUUCUGCCUACCAAAUGCCAAGAAACUGCGACUCCAGCUCACAAACGCAAUCUCAAAGUACAUCCCCGCCUGAACCAUCUCACACUAUGGAAGGCGAUGCAGGUGUUGCUUUAGAAGAGACGAUAGGCCGUUGUUCUGUAAUCCACAGACUAAGCAUCACUGUAGAAGGUUGUGUGAUGGGGGACAAGCAGGAUUUGGACAUUAAUUCCACUUCAUUUGGAAAUGAAAGCAUUUUAAAUCCAGACACAGGUCUUCCGACUCCUCCCUACAGCCCAUCUCACUCCCCUCUCGUCGGCAAGCAGUGUCGCGCCCUUCACCAUUCUGAACCGAUACUGGACCGAGAGGUUAUGGUCUUCUCAUCGACCUGUGCUAUUCCUGUUCCAGAGCGGGGGAGCUUUAAUCCCGACCUCGAUCAAGCUCGGAGUCUUCCUCAGGAUGAAAUAGAGAUCCUGUGUGGAGAUGAGGAGGAAGAAGCUUCCAGACUGCCGGAAAGAUCCGGUGUCUCAGAAACCGGGGACAUGGCCAGCCAGAUGGACAACUGUAGGCUGGAGCACAGGAGGACGCUUCCAGACCGGAUGGUCGCCCCACUGCUGGCAGGGGGACCCGAGGUCAGGCUUCGCAGGUCAGAGAUUAAGUUGUGGGGGGCAGACACGUGUGUGGAGGAGAAAGAGAAAAAGUGCAACUCGUUGUUUUCACCCCGUAAAAGCAGGAAGAGCGUGAACGCAGUGACUGAGACUCAGCAGGAGCCAGGAAAGCACAAGUCCCUCUGGAAGACCGUUUGUUCGGUGUAUAAGAAGGACAAAAAGAGGAAGGAGGCUGUGAUGGUGGCAAAAACUUUACCUGCUGCAACCAACGCCGAGAGCAAGCGGAAAGUGUCGGGAAUCAACAGAACCUCAGACUUGUGUUUCCGAAAAAAUCCAAGUUUCUCUGAAGAUACAGACUUGUCCUGCCAUGCUCUUCUAGAAAGAUGUCCUCUUAGAGCUCAGAGAGCAGAAACGGAGGAAGAACUCAACGCCAAGCUGACACGCCGAGUGGAGAGAGCAGCACGCAGACAAGCCAAGCAGGAGGAGCUGCGGAGGCUGCACAGGGCACAGAUAAUUCAGCGUCAGUUGGAGCAGGUGGAGGUCAAGCAGAGGCAGCUGGAGGAGAAGGGCAUUGCUGUGGAGAAAGCACUCCGAGGCGAAGCAGACUUCUGGGGAGACUCUAGUACAUCUAACCUUUUGGACAUACAUCUGGGUGGAAUGGGAAAGAAAGAUGAUCCUAGCUUAAUGCAUCAAUGGUUUAAACUGGUGCAGGAGAAGAAUGCUCUCGUGCGCUAUGAAUCUGAGCUCAUGAUAUUUGCACGUGAACUGGAGCUGGAGGACAGACAGAGCCGACUGCAGCAAGAACUGAGAGAGCGCAUGGCAGUGGACGACCAGCUGAAGGGGGAGGAUGAGCUGGCGGAGGAGAGGCGUAUAUUGAGUGAGAUGUUGGAUGUGGUGGAGCAGAGGGAUGCACUUGUGGCCUUGCUGGAGGAGCAGCGAGUGAGGGAGAAAGAAGAGGACAGUGACCUGGAGGCCAUCAUGCUUUCUAAGGGCUUCAGUCUGCACUGGGACUGACUCGCACAUGCACGAAUCUCAUCAUAACGCUUGAAGGGCUACUCUAUGUCUGUUUGUGCAACACAAAUACACAGAUGCUCUUUUUCAUUGGUCCAGAGAGGCCCAUCCACCUGGACUCUGGCCCGUUUGUGCAACUACAUCGGUGUCUAAAUAAUGAAUCCUUGGACACAGCAAGAGAUUGAUCCAGAGGAAGUCAUUCCUUUGAGGUGCAAAAUACAGGCCCUGAUUAGGAGAAAUGGCAAUGUCUUGCUGCCAAAUACUACUGUUCUAGACUGCUACGCUACUAUGCAAAGGAACCUCUUUUUGAUCUCUUUGUUGAUUAAGUUAAGGUACAUCUGUAGUUAUACCCAGAUCCACCAGGUUUUGACUUAACGGACAUUAAUAUGGAAUGGCAUACAUAACCAUAAUGUUAAUAGACAGCACAGACUGAAGCAUGUAAAAUUAGACAAAAUAAGACCUGUGUUUAUGAAUGAAUCUUUGUUUUUUUUGGCAACCUGUAUAAGCUAACCUCACACACAACUGUGCAUUCUUAAUAUUCAUUUAUUGGAUGAAAAGUGCUUUUUUUAACUAUCGUAAUUUUCUCUGCAUAAUCUGCUUGCACAGAAUAUAUUUGAAAUUUUGUUGCUGUUAUAUUUAAUUCUAUAAAACUUCCUUGCAUUAAACAACCAUUCUUUUGAGAAAAAUGUAUGGACAAUUACAUAUUUAAUUUGAAGUUUAGUCAGCGUUUUGUUUUGUUUUUUGGCAUGAAAACCAUGAAUGUGUUACACUUUGAUUUUCUAUAUUUUUUUAUGUUGUAGUUACUGGUAUAAUGCUAAAAUUAAUAAGUAAUACAAAAAUUAUGUAAUUACCUAAUUAUUUUUCAUUAUAAAAUGAAAUGAAAUUAAUAAAAUAUUUUAUUAAA